AUGGCGGAGCAUCUGGCUCGGAUCAUUGGAACGGAGGAGGACAGAGUCAACUGCCCUUUCUACUGGAAGAUCGGGGCAUGCCGUCACGGCGAUCAGUGCUCACGGUCGCACUACAAGCCUUCUUCAUCCCCAACUAUUGUUCUUCGUCACAUGUACCCGAACCCUCCCGUGGCAAUAGCGAUUGCAGAAGGUCAAAAUGUCUCUGACGAGCUUCUAGACGAAGCUGCAGAUCACUUCGAGGCAUUCUUUUCCGAAGUCUUUGAGGAACUGUACAAGUAUGGGGAGGUGGAGGACAUGGUUGUUUGCGACAACAUUGGAGACCACAUUAUUGGAAACGUAUAUGUGAAAUAUUCAGACGAUGACGCUGCGAAGAAGGCGCUUUCCGCCCUUCAAGGCCGGUAUUACGCGGGGAAACCUAUCCAAGCAGAAUUCACUCCCGUUACCGAUUUCAGGGAAGCCCGGUGCCGUCAGUUCGUUGAUGGCCAGUGUCGCCGUGGUGGCUAUUGCAACUUCAUGCACCUCAAGCAUGUCCCCCGCUCUCUGAAGCGGAAGCUAUUCAACAAAAUGUAUGAGGAGCAUCCAGAAUAUAGACAAAGGGUACGGGGAGGACGAAGGUCAAGGUCGCGAUCUGGCUCUCCGCACAAACACAGGCGCUCACCAAGCCUUCACCGCCCUGAACGGCCUGAGAGAAGAACAAGUGAAGAACGACGGGCGAUGAUCGCCCAGUGGAACCAAGAGCGGGACGCUGCACAAAGUUAA